AGCUCGCUCGCCACGAAAAAAACGGGAAAAGGGAAUUGAAAUCGAAUUUUUGUUUUUGCCACGACCGACUUUCCAGCGAAGUCGAGGAAGAGGAGGAGGAGAGGGUGAGCCAUGGCGUGCAGCUUCCCGCCUUCGUCCGCCACGAGGCUCCAGGCCGUGGACGCGGCGGCCGUGAGGAGCAGCAGGGUGCCGCCUAGGGCGGCGACCGUAUCCCCGGUGCAGAGAUCGCUGGGCGCCGGCUGCAAGGCCGCGGCUGCCGCCCGGCAGGAAGGCGCGACGCAGGACCCCGCCAUCUCAGUUUCUUCGGCGCGCACCCAGUUGGAUCUCCUGGAGCAGCUGACAACCCCUACAUCUGAUGGCAUUGGCGUGGAGAACGGUGCUCCUACAGAACCCCGUGUGCAAACUACUAUUCGUGAGCAACUUUCAGCGGUUAUCGGUGACAGGGACGGUGAGUACACCCUCCCGUUGGGCAAGAAGCUCAAGGAAGGUCUGAAGAAACUCAACUCCCUGACCGUCUCCCAGAGGAGGAACAUCAAGAGGCAGGCCCUGCUCACCAAGGUCAGUGGACGGAAUGACUCAGUGUUCUUCGCCACCGUUGGCGCAUUUGUCCUAGUGCCGCCAUUGGCCAUCUUAGCUAUUGCAGUCCUGACUGGUUAUGUGCAGCUCUUGCCGUGAAUAUAUAUGAAGGUGUGUGUUUUUUAGUACUCAUCUUCAGACCUUUAAUAUAUAGGAACAUACUUUUGCUCUGCAAGAGAAACUGUAUAUAUAUAUGGUCAGAUUUGUAUAUGGGUAAGUAGGUUUGGUCCAUUUUGAUCUGCUUGCUACGGUAUAUGUGAUGCUGUAACUUGUAAGAAUUUGAUGUGCCAUAAAUCUAGCACAAGGGAGCAUCGAUAGAAUGGAUCUAAACACGACGAUAAUGAUGUUCUGAAACUGAAACAAUCGUAUGAUGUUA